AUGGCAAAAAUAAGCGACUCUCCUCCACCAACCCCAACAGCCCCUUUUCAACAACGGCUGACAAACUGUGUAUCACCCGGCGAGAAUCCACACUACUACAGACCGGGAGGCUAUCAUCCGGUCAAUCUGGGCGAUAUGCUCAAUGAAGGCCAAUAUAAGGUCAUUCGAAAACUUGGAGAGGGGUCUUUCUCUAUUGUCUGGCUCGCUCAUGACUUAAUCAACUCUCGAUAUGUGGCGGUGAAGAUUCUAGUCUCGGACGAGACAAAACAAUCCCACGAGUUGCAAAUCUUGCACUAUCUUGCCAAGGUUGCUCCCUUGGAAGGACCCCAGCGGACCACGCAGCUUCUCGCUGAGUUUGAACACACAGGCCCUAAUGGCACGCAUAAAUGCCUGGUUUUUGAACCGAUGGGCCCAUCCCUCUGUCAAAUGCUUCUGGAACUUGACGAGGAGGGCAGUUUUGAUCGUGAGACGAAGUAUCCGCUCCAAAUGGCAAAACGCAUUCUCCGGGACGCCUUGGAAGGGUUGGCAUUCCUCCACAAGAAUGGCAUUUGCCAGGCUGACUUUCAGCCUGGGAAUCUGCUGUUCUCGGUCAGGAAUAUUAAUUCCUAUGAUGAAGCAGCCUUAUGCCAAGUGGAAAAGCUUGGCGAGCGCUAUCGAAUUGAGAGAAUUGAUGGCAAGAAAGAUAAAUGGGCGCCAGAAUAUUUGUGGACUGCAGAGCCGCUCACUAACUUCACGAGUACUGAUGAGAAUCUCAAGGUUAAAUUGGCCGACAUGGGUGGCGCAUACUUCCUCAAUGACCCUCCCCAGAAACCAGUGACCCCAAUCGGUCUUCGAGCUCCAGAGCUUGUGCUCAAAGGAGAAUUCAACAUGGCUCAGGAUAUCUGGAGCUUUGGUUGUCUUAUCUUUGAAUUGAUUGCUGGAAGACCUCUCUUCUAUGUAUUUGGCCCAGGCAAAGACGGUAUAGAUGAUGAACAUCUUCUUGAAAUCACAGAUAGACUUGGUCAACUACCUGAUGAGCUUUAUAGCCACUGGAAAACUUCCUCACGCUAUUAUACUGAAGAUGGAACUAAGUAUAAUUGCAUGAUUGGUGGUGUCCCUGAGGGUAGAGAGCCACUCAUGUUGGAACAGAGUUCGAUGGAACAAGCCUUCGACAAGGAGAGUCCAGAGGUGACCAAGGAGGAGGCAAUUGAGAUUAAGAAACUAGUUCGGUGGAUUCUCCAGUAUGAUCCUGCCAAGAGACCAUCAGCGAGGGAGAUUCUUUGCCAUCCAUGGUUUGCGGAUGAGUGGGAGAUAAAGGCAGAGUAA